AUGCCGCCCCAUCUGCACCCCCGCUCGCGCAUGACGUCCUCGCUCUUCGCCACGACCGUAGCAGCAAGUUUUCUCGUCGUCGGGCUCCCGCAUCUGCUCCCUUGCCCCGCGCCCCGCGUAGCCUACGCGGACGCCGCCUCGCCAGACGGCAGUCGGCGGCGCUCGCGGCGGCGCUCGCAGCAGCCGACCGAGGUGAAGGAUGGGAUAGCCCAGUUCGAGGGCGUGAGCAACAGUAGUGGCAGUGGUGACGAAGAAGCGGGGACGACAACGGGAGAAUUCACGGCGAUGACGAGCACGCCGCCGAGAGGCAAGAGGGAGUGUCCCGUGCCCAAACCGCCAGGGGUCAUAGGACAGCUCAUGGGCUUCAACAAGGAUGGGUCGAAAUCUAGAAGUACGGAACAGGUUGCGGCACGUGGGAAUGAUACCAAUGAAUGA